AUGAUAAACAAUUUGAUUGGUAGACCAUCAGAACAAUGGAGGAGAACACAGGUAGUACUAGUCAUCCUAUUCUGGCUUUGGAGACUACUCAAAGGAGACAGAAAUGGUUUGAGGUUCUGGUACAUAAAAUCAAUCAAUAGGAGGCUUAAACGGUUCACACCUUAUCAAAUCAUCGUCGCUACAUUAACAACCUUAUACGCCAUCAGACAUUUCGACGCUUUAUUAGGUUUACAAGCCCCUGAACCAUUGGCCCACCUUUAUUCGAGGUCUUAUUACAGAGCAACAUGGUUAUCAAACGCUCUAGACGCUGGUUUUGCAACCGCCAUGUCGAUACGUAAACCGAAAUGGCUGAAGGACCUAGCCGGUCCUGUUUUUGGACUUUAUUACCUCUUCUGGACGGCCGAAGCUGAUGAAAAGUUGAUGAAAUUUAGAGCAACAUGUACAGUCGAAUUUCUUAGAACUACAGGCGAGAAACUUUCAAAUCCAUACAUAAGAGCUGUGACGUUCCUCGGUAGACCACGAUGCAGAAUCGUUCGUGAGGUUUUACUACCCCGCCCAAAAUCAUCAAAAUACACCAAACCAAUAUCAUGUCUGAUGUUCUUCGAUGGUACACAAGAAGAAUUGGAAGCUUGCACUGAAUUGGUUAUGGAUUUCCCAGGUGGUGCUUUCGUGUUCAUGACACCACGUGACCAUGAAGAAAGAUUAAGGUGGUGGGCUAAAGAAGGCAACAAGAAGGUUAUUUUGAGUGUCAACUAUGGUAAAAGUCCCGAAUAUCCUUUCCCUUGGGCUAUUGAUGAAGCAUUCGACUUGUAUAAUAUCCUCUUAGAGACUAAUGGCCGCUUACUUGGUAUACAAAGUGACAAUCUCAACAUACUUCUCGCAGGAGAUUCUGCCGGUGGUAAUAUUGUUACAGUUGUUAUGUUCAAGAUACUUGAAUCUGAAGUGCCUCUCAAACAUCCUGUUGGAAUAGUCUUAACAUAUCCAGCACUAGAUUUCAAUUUUACAAGCUGGAUGAGUGACGAAAAUCUUGAAGUACUUAGGACAGAGCAGUCUUCUGUCGACCUAGCAUCUCUUUUCGAAUCAAAGGAUCAUUUAGCACACAAAUCACCACUGUCGGUAACGUGUGACGUACCUGAGAAGAACAUACCUCGUCGGAAGAGCUGGUCAAAUCAACUGUCGCACUGGGCUUCGUCUAAUUCAUUGUCAAAUCUGGGUUCCGUUUCGCCGAAAGCACCAUAUAGUGCAGGUGCACAAAUUGCUUCAGCCACAGUGAUGCAAGCACCUUCAAAGUCAACAUCUUCUCUCAGAUAUGACAGUAACUCGCCUAAGAGAAGAAGGCUUCUCUCAUUUGUCGAUGAUCCACCUAAAUUUGACUUUGAAGUCAAUGAGCAGGACGUCUUGAACAUUGAUACCACCGAUACUAGUGAAUCAGAUAAAGGCUCUGAGUUUACUUCCGAUUCUCAAAAGCCUUUAUAUGAAAGAGUCAUCGCUGAACCUAAUGAGCAUGUUAGGAGAGAGUUACAGAAGGAGCUCCAAAAGGAGCACAUGAAGGCAAAUGAGCGUAUAAGGAGCAAGAAGAAGGAGCCUAUCGGUACUCGGCUUACGAUGACCAGUAGAUCUGGAUUCUUUAAUGAUAGGAUUAUACCACCAUCAGUAAUGCGAGCAUGUGCAUUGUUAUACAUUGGUCCAAAAAACAGACCAGACUUCAAAACUGAUUAUUAUAUCUCUCCAAUAUUAGCGCCUUCACAUUUACUGGAGCAAUUUCCAACAACAUUGAUCAUCUGUGGAGAACGUGAUCCAUUUGUUGAUGAUUCACUCAUCUUCGCUGGUCGCCUUCGUAAAGCUAAAUUAGCUCGUCAAGCCGCUGCCAUGAAUGAACAGAAUAAUUUCAAUUCAAGUAAUGAAAUGAUGACACCAACAGAUGGACUCGGAUUGAAUAUACCUCAACCAAAAGGCGACCAUCUUGAAGACCAUAUCGUACAUGAAGACGAAGAUGAUUGGGUACAUUUAAGAAUCAUUGAAGGCAUGAGUCACGGUUUCCUUCAAAUGACGGGUGUUUUUAAAGAAUCACUCUUGAUAGUAAAGAAGAUGAAUCAAUGGAUUGAAGAAUCAUUUCUUCAUGCAUUGGAGAAAGAAAACGCUGAAAACGCUGAAAACGCUGAAAAAGAACGACUUGAGCGUGAAAAGAAAGAUGUGUCUGAAAAUUUACCUAAUCAAUCACGUAAAGGUUCCGAGCAUGAAUAUGAGGAGCCUUUGGUAUUUUCCACUAAGAAAGCUGCCACGCUAUCGACCGUUUUUUCAGAACCUCCGACACAAAUUCAUACACCAAACAAUGAUCAAUUGUCACAAUUAAGAGUACCUCCGAGAGCACAUUCAAAACCACAUCAGAAACGCACACAGUCAACACCACCACCGCUGGUAAUCAAAACACAGAGCAGCGACCGCAGAAAGAGCUUUGAGAAGGAGAAGAAGAAAGAAGAGAUGAACAAUCUUUUGUUAACUGAAGCUGAGGUUUUAAGAAGAAGACGUCUUGAAGCCGUAAUGGGUAUGGGUGAGACGAGAUCAGCGAAUAUAUCAAGUGACGAAGAAGAUAUGAAUAGUAAUGAACAGUGA